AUGACUGCGGCAAACGGCGGCGGCGCCCACGACGACUUCGACUUCAGGCUCAUCUUCGGCGAGGAGGAGGAGGAGGAGGAGGAGGAGGACGGCGGGCACCAGCCGACGGGGCCUGUCCCCGCCGCCGCCUCAGCAGCAGAUCUUGAACCUGAUGACUGUGCAUCUUUAUGCAUUUUCAGUGUCGACCACUCAUCCUCGGUAAAUCAUCCCAUUUGUAUCCCGUGUCAUGGAUUUCAAGCACACCCUUCUCCUUUGUCCUCACCUGCUAAACUGCAGGGUCACAAAAGCUACGAAGGGACAUGUGAAAUACCGGAAUCUAAGUACAGUCAGCUAGGUGGGCCUAAGCCUUUUGAAUGUCCUAGUAUUCAGAUCACAUCUAUCUCUCCAAACUGUCAUCAUGGAAUAGAAGCCAGCGAAGGUGAAUUGCACACAAAUGGCCCUCAGAAUGAAUACAUGGAAAGGCCUUCAAGGGACCACUUGUAUCUUCCUCUUGAGCCAUCUUACAGAGAGUCAUCCCUUAGCCCAAGUCCGGCCAGCAGCAUUUCCUCUCGGAGCUGGUUCUCAGACGCUUCCUCUUGUGAGUCAGUCUCCCAUAUUUACGAUGACGUGGAAUCGGAACUGAACGAAGCCGCUGCUCGGUUUACCCUUGGGUCACCUUUGGCAUCUCCUGGAGGUUCUCCAAGAGGCUGUCCAGUUGAUGAUCCUUGGCAACAAUCCUACGGAUUUGGGCAUGCCUUGUCGCCAAGACAAUCUCCUUGUCACUCUCCCAGGACUAGUAUCACAGACGAGAAUUGGCUCAGCCCGAGGCCGACCUCAAGGCCAUCCUCAAGGCCUACAUCGCCGUGCGGGAAGCGCCGGCAUUCGAGUGCUGAAAUCUGUUAUAUCGGUUCCCUUUCUCCUCAUCAUUCCCCCGUCCCAUCACCAGGACAUUCUCCUCGGGGGAGUGUUACGGAAGAUACGUGGUUGAAUUCCUCUCUCCAUGGCCUCGGCCCUGGCCUUUCAGCUUUCCAGUGCUGCGGAGAUACCGACAUCCCUCUUAAAACAAGGAAGACCUCCGAGGAUCAAACCGCAAUUAUAUCUGGGAAAGCGGAACUUUGUUCUGAAGACCCGGGCAACCUAUCUCCGUCCCUCGAAACUGCAAUAGACGAGAGCUCCAUAUCCCAGCAUAUGUUAAAAAAAGAUUUGUCUGGUGACCAGUUUCUUUCUGUCCCGUCACACUUUACCUGGAAUAAACCAAAGCCUGGCCAUACUCCUAUAUUUCGCACAUCUUCAUUGCCGCCUCUAGACUGGCCUUUACCCACGCAAUAUGGGCAAUGCGAGCUGAAAAUAGAAGUACAGCCAAAAACCCAUCACAGAGCACAUUAUGAGACAGAAGGCAGCAGAGGAGCAGUAAAAGCAUCUACUGGUGGACAUCCUGUAGUGAAGCUCCUAGGUUACAAUGAAAAACCUGUAAAUCUUCAGAUGUUCAUUGGGACAGCAGACGAUCGGUACUUACGGCCACAUGCUUUCUACCAAGUGCACAGAAUCACAGGAAAAACUGUUGCCACAGCUAGUCAAGAAAUAAUCCUUGCCAGCACAAAGGUUUUGGAAAUUCCUCUUUUACCCGAAAACAAUAUGUCAGCCUGUAUUGACUGUGCAGGUAUUCUGAAACUCCGCAAUUCAGACAUAGAGCUUCGGAAGGGGGAGACGGAUAUUGGCAGAAAAAACACAAGAGUGAGGCUUGUAUUUCGUGUCCAUAUCCCACAGCCUAGUGGGAAGGUCUUGUCCCUUCAAGUUGCAUCUAUACCUGUUGAAUGCUCUCAGAGAUCUGCUCAGGAACUUCCUCAGAUAGAGAAAUACAGCAUCAGUAAUUGCUCUGCAAAUGGAGGCCAUGAAAUGAUUGUUACAGGCUGCAACUUCCUUCCAGAGUCAAAAAUAAUAUUUCUGGAAAAGGGGCAAGAUGGACGGCCCCAAUGGGAGGUGGAAGGAAAAAUAAUAAGAGAUAGGAGUCAAGAGGCUGCGCUCGUUCUUGAAGUUCCUCCGUAUCACAACAAAUCAAUUCCAGCCGCCGUCCACGUGCAGUUCUAUGUGUGCAACGGCAAAAGGAAAAAAAGCCAGGCUCAGCGUUUCACAUAUACUCCAGUUGUAUUGAAACAAGAGAACAGAGAUGAAAUGGAUUUGACUUCAGUUCCAUCGUUGUCCCUGACUCGCUGUAAAGGACUCUCUCCUGUCCAAACCCAGUUGCCUUCACCUGACCCAGGGCUCUCACACGAUAGUUUACUUUCUGCGUCCUCCAGGAACCUCGUAUGUCCCAUACAGCAGCCAUUCACGCCCAUGGUCUCCUCCGCAGUAACUCAGUUGUCCCACAUACAAGGUAGAAGCAUUAGUCCAGGUGAAGAUCACCCUGUUCUGUCUUCAGCUGUAGUCCAUCCGUCUUUUCAGGUAACGGCGGCAUCCUCUGUGGGGCCUCCCUACCAGCCUAUGCAGCCCAACGUUGUGUUUAAUGGACAAUCUGGUCUUCCCAUGGAUCCUGCCUCUUCUAGUCAAGGCUACGAGGCAAUGUCCUUUCAGCAAGAUGCACCCGUACCUCCACUGCUCAACCUCGGCUGUCAGUCUCUGCCACCAAUCCCAUAUCCUUCUUCAAGUUCAGGUUCAGUGUCAACUUCUGUUGCAACAGGAGGACAUACUUCAGCACACCUAGCUCACUCGAGACACUCCUCACCUCAUUUGCAGCCCAUGCGGUACCAUUGUCCCGAUCCUCAGCAUAGUCCUGUCUCUUCCGCAGUGACUCAGUCCCUUGGACAUCCUUCCACACAGUUGCAGCAAAUGACUUAUUCUUCGAAUCCAGGUAACUCCUCCUCAUCAUCCCCCAACUCUUCUCAUUCUUUAGUCCAUUCACCACGGUCUGGGCCAUCUUCGCCACAGUUGCAACCUAUACCUUACCAUCUUUCUAGCUCGGGAUCUGCCUCAUCUCCUCCUCCUCCUCCUCCUCCUCCUCCUCCUCCUCCUCCAGCCUCUGUCAGUCAGCCUGGGCAACAGUCCCCACAGGAGCAUAGCCCAGGUUUGGGAGGAAUCGCCACAGCUUCAUCUUUGAUGCAUCAUAACAUAUGUGACACAUCUCCAUUUCCAUCAGAAGGGUCAGCCGUUCAUGUUAAGCCUGAACCAGAAGAUCAAGAGUUAAAUUUUCAGACAAUGGGAUUGCAAGACAUCACGUUAGAUGAUGUGACGGAAAUCAUCGGAAGAGACAUGCCGCAGAUUUCUGCGUCCCGUGGGGCAGGAGCUGCCGUCCUGCGGAAACCUGGAGACGACCAGGAAGCCUUGCACUUUCCCUCUGAAUAAUGCUAUGUCCCUCUUUAGAUUUACUGUGCUUCCGAUUACGUGGCCUUGAUGAUCCUGGACACUUCUGGAUCCCCUGCAGAGCUGUCCUGGGAGAGAGCGGGAGAGAGAGUGGUAACAGGCAAACAGGUUGACUUCUAGAUUUUUAGGAUGCCGUAUAAAAAAAUAAAAAAAAAUAAAAUAAAAAAGCUACUUUAUAAAAAUGGACACCAAGAAGUGACCCAAGAUACUCUUAACUUUGAGUAAAAAAAAAUACCAAUGAGCUUUGCUCGUCUUGUGCAUUUAACAUAAUUCUUUUAUAUUAAGUGCUUAAUUGUAUGGAGAAACGUAGUUUUGCUCUCAAUAUGCACAGUUACUGAAUGUGGGUAAUUUUUUUUUUUUUUUUUAAAAAAACACACCAUCUUUGUAUGCUGCUUUUCUUUAGGAGAGAUACUAAGAUUGUAAUAAAAAUUUGUAUACCUUUUGGACGGUCUUUUUGAAGAGCCUUUAGGCAUAAUGUGGUUUAAAAAAAGUUUUUUUUUAAAUGAUAAUAAUAAUAAUAAU